AUGACCUGUCCAGACAAGCCAGGGAAACUCAUAAACUGGUUCAUCUGCUCCCUGUGCAUCCCACGAGUGCGUAAACUGUGGAGCUGCCGGCGCCCAAGGACCCGGAGGAACCUCCUGCUGGGCACUGCCUGUGCCAUAUACCUGGGCUUCCUGGUGAGCCAGGUGGGGCGCACCUCUUUCCAGCAUGGACGGGCCGCUGAAAAGAGACUGCCCCAGAGCCGCGACACCACUGAGGCACCCUUCCCUGAGAUACCCUUGGAUGGGACCCUGGCCCCUCCCGAAUCCCAGGGCAAUGGGACCACGCUGCAGCUCAAUGUGGUGUACAUUACCCUACGCUCCAAGCGCAGCAAGCCCGCCAACAUCCGUGGCACAGUAAAACCUAAGCGCAGGAAGAAGCAUGCACUGGCAUCUUCAGCCCCGGGCCAGGAGGCUUUGGUAGGACCAUCUCUUCAGCUGCAGGAAGUUGCAGAAGCAACUGAUGCUAAAGUGCCUGGUUAUGUCCAGGGAGGAAACAUGGCUAAGGUUGGGGAAAGACCCUGGAGGUUGACACGAGUGUCGGUAGUGCAAGGUUGGGGCUCUGAUUUCCAGCUGAGCAAGACCAGGGAGAGCAACAUCAGGAUCUACAGCGAGAGCGCCCCCUCGUGGAUGAGCAAAGAGGACAUCCGCAGAAUGCGUCUGUUGGCCGAUGGCGCAGUGGCGGGCAUCCAGCCUGUGUCCUCGCAGAGCCCAGCCCGCUUGCUGCUGCUGGAGCGGAGCGCCGCUGGCUCCGCGCCGGGCUGCGGCCCCAGCCCCUGUGGGCUGCUCAAGCAGCCUCUGGACAUGAGUGAGGUGUUCGCCUUCCACCUGGACAGAAUCCUGGGGCUCAACAGGACCCUGCCGUCUGUGAGCAGGAAAUCAGAGUUCAUCCAAGAUGGCCGCCCAUGUCCUCUCAUUCUCUGGGACUCAUCUUUAUCUCCAACAAGUAAUGAGACCCAUUCUUCUGUUAAGCUCACCUGGGGAACUUACCAGCAGUUAUUGAAACAGAAGUGCUGGCAGAACGGCCGACUACCCAAACCUGAAUGGGGUUGCACUGAAAUACAUCACCAUGAGUGGCCCAAGAUGGCACUCUUUGACUUUUUGCUACAGAUUUAUAAUCGCUUAGAUACAAAUUGCUGUGGAUUCAGACCUCGAAAGGAAGAUUCCUGUGUACAGAAUGGACUGAGGCCAAAAUGUGACAGCCAAGAUUCCGUGACUCUAGCACACAUUAUCCAGCGAAAGCAUGACCCAAGGCAUUUGGUCUUUAUAGACAACAAGGGUUUCUUUGACAGAAGUGAAGAUAACUUAAACUUCAAAUUGUUAGAAGGCAUCAAAGAGUUUCCUGAAUCUGCAGUUUCUGUUUUGAAGAGCCAACACUUACGGCAGAAGCUCCUUCAGUCUCUAUUUCUUGAUAAAGUUUAUUGGGAAAGUCAAGGAGGCAGACAAGGAAUUGAAAAGCUCAUUGAUGUAAUAGAGCAGAGAGCUAAAAUCCUUCUCACCUACAUCAAUGCCCAUGGGGCCAAAGUGCUACCUAUGAAUGAAUAACAAAACGGUCUUCUGGAUAGAAAACUUGAUAUAUGUACACAUUCAUGUUUGUGUUUUCAAAUCAAGUAUACACACCUCAAGUCCUUUCAGGAAUAAGGCAGUGUACAUGAAUACAUAAGAUAAAUGAAUUUCACCAACUAUGUAUGAUGGGCCUGAGCACUGUAAACAGACUUAAAAAGUUUUUAUAAAAACAUACUGCUCAAGAAAUGUUUCUGUUUUUCUCUAACAUCAUGUCAUGUUGAGUCUCACUAGUUGAUUACAAAAUGGUAGCAGUCAUUAUUCCAGUUAGCUUUGUUGAAAUAUUUGUCAUGUCAUUGAAUAGAACAGUGUAAACCAGAGGUGCAGACUCCUUUGAUAAACUAUUUCAUGCCUUUUGACUGGUUGACCAAAUUCUAAUGGGAAUGAUGCUUGACCUAAUUCUGUUGCUGAAAGUUAAAACAAAGCAGCCCUAAUGCUACCCAGAGGCAAGUCUACUCUGGAAGACUCAGACAUGUGAGUUGCAAAAAUAUGAGCACAUACCAUAAUUCUAAAUAGAAGUGGUAGAUUAUUUGCUAAGCCACCAGUAUAUUAUCUUUUGCAUCUAAAUAUGAUAAGCCAUCUCUGAAUCUGAGCAGCAAGAAUCAUAUUUUCUAUUCCUUUUUAGAAACUUUUUUGGUUAUAUAGAAAUCAUACAAAUCUGACAGUUUAAACAUUAGGUAGUUUUGCUCUCUCAAGUUUGGUCCAAUUUAUGUCUAGUAGCUUAGAAAUUAAAUAGUUUUAAGGCAUGAAGUUACCUAUUUGAAGAUGUAGUUGUAGAGUGUCUUUUUUGUAAUGGAUGCUCUUUUUCAAAACUUUGUCAUUUCUACAAAGGAUAUGUUAUCAUUUCUGUGUCUUUUGUCAGUAAAUUGUGGAUUUCUUCAAAUUUGUUCUGUGUAAUUAUAUUCAAACUGAUUUAAUUGAUAUGGCCUAGAUAUUGACAAUAGGACCAGAUAAUGAGUGUAUCUAAAUAUAUUGUUUGGCUUAUGCCAAAUAAAUUAAAUUAAAACCUGAUUCUGGCCAGUUCUCCUCAGUGAAGCAAAUGACUAGAACUAAAACAGUGAAUUUGGACAAUAUUAA